AGAGACUGCCAGAGAGGAAGAGAAAAGAAAGGAAGAAACGCUAGAAAGAGAAAGGAAGGAAAACGGGAUAAAGGGAAAUCGAUUCCCCGCCCUUAAAUAGCUAGCCUGGGGGGGGGAAGGGGGGCCCCAGCACGGCCGCCCCAGGAGUUCAUCAUCGGUUCCGUGUGGUUUAUGGAGAAAAAGAAAAUGGUAACUCAGGGUAACCAGGAGCCGACAACAACUCCUGACGCCAUGGUUCAGCCUUUCACGACCAUCCCGUUCCCGCCACCUCCUCAGAACGGAAUCCCCACAGAGUACGGAGUGCCACACACUCAGGACUACGCCGGCCAGACCAGCGAGCACAACCUGACGCUGUACGCGAGCACGCAGGCGCACGGGGAGCAGAGCAGCAGCCCCCCCAGCACGCAGAACGGCUCCCUCACGCAGACAGAAGGGGGCGCACAGACAGAUGGCCAGCAGUCACAGACACAAAGUAGUGAGAACUCAGAGAGCAAAUCCACCCCGAAACGGCUGCAUGUCUCUAAUAUUCCCUUCCGCUUCCGGGACCCCGACCUCCGGCAGAUGUUUGGGCAGUUUGGCAAAAUCCUAGAUGUAGAAAUAAUCUUUAAUGAACGCGGCUCUAAGGGAUUCGGGUUCGUAACUUUCGAGAAUAGUGCUGAUGCAGACAGGGCCAGGGAGAAAUUACACGGCACCGUGGUAGAGGGCCGUAAAAUCGAGGUGAAUAAUGCUACAGCGCGUGUAAUGACCAAUAAGAAGAUGGUCACACCAUAUGCAAAUGGUUGGAAAUUAAGCCCUGUAGUUGGAGCUGUAUAUGGCCCUGAGUUAUAUGCAGCCUCCAGCUUUCAAGCAGACGUGUCCUUAGGCAAUGACGCAGCAGUGCCCCUAUCGGGAAGAGGGGGUAUUAACACUUACAUUCCUUUAAUCAGUCUCCCUUUAGUUCCUGGCUUCCCUUACCCGACUGCAGCCACCACGGCGGCCGCGUUCAGAGGAGCCCAUCUGAGGGGCAGAGGGCGGACGGUAUAUGGGGCAGUCCGAGCGGUACCUCCAACAGCCAUUCCCGCCUAUCCAGGUGUGGUUUACCAGGACGGAUUUUACGGUGCUGACCUCUAUAUAGAGUCUGCAAACUGCUUCAGAUCCAACAGGGCGGAUACGCAGCCUACAGAUACGCACAGCCCGCAACUGCGACCGCGGCCACAGCCGCCGCUGCCGCCGCCGCAGCUUACAGCGACGGUUACGGCAGGGUAUACACAGCCGACCCCUACCACGCCCUGGCCCCUGCCGCGAGCUACGGAGUGGGCGCUGUGGCGAGUUUGUACCGAGGUGGCUACAGCCGAUUUGCCCCCUACUGAAGUGACGUGAGACCCCGCAAACGGGACAGCCCCCCAGUUCAUGAGGCCUGGCUAUUGCAAUAUUUACUAGUAGAGGAACUCUAUAGCAAGAUGAAGAGGAAAAACAAACAAACAAAAAAAAAAAACACAAAAAAAGAGAGAAUACUUUUUUAUACCUCACUAUGUUCUUUGAAUAUGUAUUUUUCCUUUAAAUUUCUGCCUUUAAUUCUUUUGUUCCAAAGAUUGUGCAUUUUUUUUCUUUUUUUUUCCUUUUUUUUUUUUUAACUGUGGUAAAAAAAAAAAAAUAAUGCAUUUCCAUGUCUGUAUGUCCGUGCUAGCUCAUUCUGUCAAUCACGGAAGAGGCAGUUCGUGAGGAAGGAGGGACCGUAGGCGCUGAUAAAUGCAUGUGAUCGGAAAUCAGCAGACACAGCUACCAAAGUGUAUCCGGUGCUGAGUGCCUGGGGACAAGCCAGAGUGGAGCUCUUUCUGCGACAGGAUGCGCUUCCAGUCUUCUGAGUCUCUGGUCUCUGAGCGGUGACAGGAACGUGUGCUUGCAGGGCGGGAGGAUUAGAAAGCCACUCUCCUCUCCCCUUCCCUCCUGUCUUCUCCAUCCUUCUCACAAUCAUCUUACCUGCACGGCCCGAGACAGGCGGCAGAGUGUUUGGAAGUACGGUCUUUCUGUUUCCAAACAUGCUCCCAGACUGUGGACAAUAAACACCUCACUAGGAAACCGGGCUCAGAAUGAACUCUGGAGCGUGAAAAAGAUCAUUCUUUUCUUUCUUGAGAUCCUAGCAUUCCUACCGCGCCUCUUCUCCUUUCUCUGAACCACGGCUUAGCUCCUCUGUCCUUUCAUGAACUCCCUGCUCCCAAGCCCCCAAGAGUAAGGGAAUUUAGGACCCAGGGACAGGAGAAUUAAAUAGCCAGCGACCAGAUUUCCCGGCUUGAGGGUUAAAAGUACUAAGUCUUGGGAGGCAGUACUGUCUAGUAAGGAAGAGAGAAGGGGCAUCGGACAGUGUCUGGCAGGCAUCUGAUGUUCCUGUUCUUUCUCCUAUGUCAGGACGGCAGUGCAAGGUAGAAAUACGAAAACUGGCAGCAAAAGACCGAGUCCCGGGCCAGCUGUCCCUGGAAGUUUGCGGGGACCGGGUGCGCAAGGGCAGGCAGAGGCACUUUGUACUAGCUCCAAAGCCAUAGGAAUUUCCAGCUCCGGGAGCCUCUGUGAGCCGCUUCUCUGUCCAUGGUCUUGAGCUCUCGUGGUGGCCCUUGCGCUCGGCUUCUCCUCCUCCAAAGACACCCAGCUGAGCACCCGUGCACUUGGCCUAUACACCUACACUACAGGACGGGACAGAAACUCCAGAGCCCCUGAGGUGGCCCCCUCCCAUACCGGAAGGAGGGUCCGACAUGGCGGACCUUAGGUGUUGCCAGAAAGGGUCCUGCAGUAGCUCCGCGGUUUGAUUUUCUAGAUAAGCAAGGGAAGGGGGAGGGGGUUCUCUUCUAGCUCGUAAUGGUAACGGCAAGGGCCCUGCGUCAUUUCCCAAGUGAAGGCGUUAGGAACUAGGAAAGCACGUUCUGUUUGGCUCCCUGGUCUAUUCACAUUGGUACUAGGGUGACCUCUCACCCAAGGGACAGCUGCUAAAGGGAGUGAUUCAGAGACACGGAACUUCAGCUUUGGUAUGGGUUUGUUUUCCAUUUGUUUCGUUGUUUUUGUUUUUGUUUUUACUCCUGCCUCCACACAUGUUCUGGCUGAUAAUUAUUCAUGUCCCUGAAUUAAAAUGACUGACACGUGACAGCAUCGAGCAUCCUUUGUAAGCAGAGCGAUCUGUCCGGGAGGGACCAGCCUGUCGUGUAGAGCACCCAUCUUUGGAGGGGAGAUGUCCUCCCCCCUUCGGAAGGCCCCUCUCCUCAUUGCUGGGGGAGACAUCGAGGGAGACAGCGGCCUCGAUGCAGUCCUAACUGAUGCUGGAGAGCAGUGUAUGGGACAGGGGCCGCCAACCUGCCUGGGCCGUUGGCCACUUUUAAGGGAUCUCCACCCCAAGCCAAAGUGUGGUCCGUUGCCGUUAAGACCAUUUUAGUUGUGUGUAUGUAAAUAUUUUAGUUAGAGGAAGGGGAGUGAGGUGCAGGUCUGUCACGGUUCUUGAGAACGGGGGCAGGGAGGAUUUUUUUUUUUCAUUUUCCUUUGCUUUUGUUUUGAGGGAGAGCUUUUCCUGACUAAAGAGAGAGAAAUUUCACGUCCUGUUUAAAUCCUAGGGGCCACUGAGGAAAAUGGCAAGCCGCUGCUCAGUGGAGACCAGGCCACAUUUUAAAUGGCCGACACUGUCGCAGGAGAGAGGAACAAGGGGACGGGCUUAGCCGUUUUCUCCUCUUGUGUCCGAGGAGACAGGAUGGUGGGAGGGGGAGGGAAGGCAGCUCCCACCGCCCUGCCCAAAGAGCCAGAAGCGCAAGCUUGGGGUCCCCGUCGUGCGUGUCGUUCGGCCGGGGCCUCGGGGACAGGCCCUGGGUGCGUGUCCGGGACGGCUCCGGCGUGCCUUCCUCGGGCUCCCUGCCCUAAGGAGGGCCGAGCAGACUUCUGCUUUCGCCCAAGGGGCCUCUGCCCCUCGGCGCCCGCACGGAGACGCAGGCACCCUCCCCCGGCACCUCUGGAACUUUGAGACUCCGAACGGCCAGCCUCCUCGGAGGCAGGUUCCCCAGGGCGCCCGUGCCUGUCUGCUCCUGCCUCUGGUCCCCACUGGACCGAGCAGCCGAGCCGGGAGAGAGUCUGGCGUCUUGGGGUUCGUGGGAGAUGCCCGCGUGAUAAUCCGGAAAUGUCCCCGGUGCUGUAUGGCAGCACGCGAGUGACCGCCACGGCUUUGCCGAGCUCCAGCGUGGACUUCUGUACCCAGCGUCUCGCUGCUGGAGAACGGGGCUCCUUGCAGGAGACCCCUAGUGCAAACCUCUCAGUCUCCCUUUCAGCCCAGAGAGCUGCCCGGAGGUCUUUUCCGGAAUCCCGUGGGUUCCGUGGUUCAGUUCCCUUGGACCCGGGCCAGCCCUUGCGACCCAUCGUUUUUAAGGCUCUCAGGUUUUACGAGCUUGCCAUCACCACCGUCCUCCAACAGCCACAGGUGGGACCGAGCCAGUGUUCUUCCUUGAAAAAGAAGGGGACCGGGGCUCCUAGUUUCAGGGGAGCAAGUGGAAAUAUUCCGCAGAACCAAUAACAGCAGCUUUUCCCCCGAAGUAGAACUAGAGGCUGACCGCUCUUACUUUAGGUCAUACUUUCCUAGCAGACAAGUGGGUGAGUCCCCAGCCCCGUCACCAGCCACUUAGCUUCCAGACCGGAGGUGGGGGGGAAGCCCGGGAUGGAAGCCACCCUGAGGCCCUGCAAGAAGUCCUUGAUCACCCCCCUUUCCUCGGGCAGGAACGCAGGACCGAGCCGGGGCCCAUCCGGAAGGCACAACGGCCAGGAUGGGGGCAGGGGACUGUGCCCUCCCCGCGCCCCCCCCCCCCCCAGUCCAGCCUCUACUGCUCGCAGCCUCUAGCACAGUAACAUUUGCAGAAUCACAGACUUUUUUCCCCCAGAUGAUAGGAAGAAAGGGACUUUGGGGGAGGGGGGAAGGGGAAGGGGUAGUGGUGUUUUAAAGAGCAUAAGUUACCUGUUUGCACUGUUAUAGGAAAAAAAAUAGUGGGCAAGGUGAACAUCAGACGUAAAUUUGUGUUUUUAUUUUGUCAUGCUCUUGAAAAUGUCUGGCCAUUUGUAGUAUACACCAGUGACACUUGACUCUCUGCUACAUCAAACUUUUUCUUUUUUUUUUUUCUUUUUUUUGUAAUGCUACUGUCCACAAACCUCUUUUUCCCUCCCUUUCCCUUUUCCCAUGUACUUCCUUCAUACUUGCUUUACUGAUCAACCAGGCAAUAGCCAUCCGAGAGCUAGAGCGGGAAGCAGGGCCCUCUCUGAGUAGGCUCUGGGUGUCCUAAGCCAGCCCGUGCCCUCUGGUUCAGUGAGUGCAGUCGAGUCCCUGGCACCCGUCUUGAAAAUAAGGCUCGCAGGCCGGACUCCAGCGAGGUCUCCAGUUCCUGAAUCAGGUGUACCAGGAACGAGGAGCCCAGGGCGGAGGGGACUCCUCGGGUACCGAAGUUGGCUGCGGCAGCCGACUUCUUCUCCACGUUACCGGAACUGUAGCCAGUUACAGUUUACUCAGGAAAACGGUAGAUCAAUUCAGCCAUUGGUGGUGCUGGUCGGCAGGGAUUGGUAACCGAGGGAACCGCUCAUCAGCCAAAACGCAAACCUUGCCUUUAAGGAGACUGCCGGCGGGGGUGGGGGGAGGGGCUCCGUGUCCGCUCCGGCUGGCGGUCACGGGGGUCACUCACACGCCGGUGUGGGGAAGGCUCGGUCACCCCGCCAAGCAAAAAGGGAACAUCGAUCCUCCUUCCUCUCCCCACCCCGGCCCCAGUGACCCACGCCAGAUUUCCAGGGGGUACAAUCGUUUUUGAAUUUUUUUUUUUUAAUGACUUUCGGUUUGGUUUUUCUGGAGACUGAUAAGUGCUUUAAGCAAUGUCUCUACGCCGUUGAGACUCCCAGCUUAGCCAUUUUCUUGUAUUUUUCUGUUCACAGUAUUUGUGUGUGUGUGCGCGUGCGCGUGUGUGCAGGUUUUCGGCAGCUCGUUUUGGCUGUAUUAUAUAUCGAGUGAUGAAUUGAUCCUUUUUUUUCCCUAAGGGAUAUGAAUUGUUUUGUUUUGGGGUUUUUUUCUUGUGUUUCUAAUUCUGCUUGUGAAUAGCGGGAGCAAACCUGGGGCUGACACACGUAAGCUAGGGCUCAAGUGCUCAGAGAGCCAGCGCGGUUGGCUCGUCCCCUACGGGCAGACCGACCUGCGUCUCUGAGCCUUUCAGUCCAAAUCUUUGCAAGGCUGAAAACGCCACCGAACCUCUCCUCUCCUCCCCACCCCCCAUGGCAGGGACUGGACCAUCCCGACACUCCACAUGCAGCUUCUCCGGCCCCCUCCCAUUGCCAUGGCAAAACAGGUACCUUUGGGGCACGGGGGCGUCACAUGGGAUGCUUGUAUAACUGACCACCUGGCCUUCUCUCCCCACCCCCACCCCCACCCCCAGAGUCACUCCCAAGGACACCCGAGCUGCUUGCCCAGGGUCCUGGUUUUCUGCGCACUCCAGAGAAGCACCCCAGGGCUUUGUGACAGCCUCUGACUCCCUCCCCUUCUCGUUAAGAAUCAUAUUGUAUAGUAGCUUUCAGACCAUACAGUAUUCAUUGGGUUUCUCCUAUUAUUAUCAAGUAGCUGGAAUUGUGAAGGUCGGAGUAGUUAGAUCUUUAGCUUUUAUUCCUUAUUUUUUUGUAUUACUAUCCAUGUGUAUAAAUUAUUGAUCAUGUUGCUGGCUUUUAUAAACUCUAAGCAAAGGAGGAGCGCUGCCUCUGCCUUUGCAAAUGGUAAUGAAGCACUGUUUUUAAAUAAAAGAGAGAAACACCA